UCGGUGCUCUUAUUUAUUAGGUAGGACAUUUUGCAGGAUUUAACAGAAGAAGAAGAAGAAGAAGAAGAAGGUGCGCGUUCACGGCCGCCUGCACAAUCAGCACCGGCAUCCGGCGCGCGCGUCCCCGCGGCCGCAGAGGAGACGAGAGGAGAGUUUGCGGGAGCUAAAGUUGAGGGCAAUCUGCGUGGACAUUCCACCCACCGAUCAGCGCAUUUCAGCAGCCUUAAAAAAAAGUGAAGGAUGGCGUGGGACGUAUUGACUUUGUGCCUGCUGUGUUUGGCGGCGCGACAUUGCUCGUCACAAGACUGCGUGGACCCGCUGGUGUCCGGCCUCUACGCCUCCUCCUUUCUGGCUUCCUCCAGAUAUAACUUUCUCUACUCUGCCAAUUUCGCCAAGUUGUAUGGCAGCAGUGGCUGGUCGCCCUCCGCCAAGGACCGCCAACCGUGGCUGCAGGUGAACCUGGGCAGGAAGUACCGCUUGAGGGCCAUCGCCACCCAGGGCACCUUCAACUCGUACGACUGGGUCACCAAGUACACCCUCCUCUACGGGGACAGGCCAGACUCCUGGACGCCGUACAUCAUGAGAGGAGGCAACUCUACAAUGCCUGGAAACUGGAAUUAUUACCAAGUGAAGAGGAACGUCUUCCAUUAUGCCUUCACCGCCAAACACAUUCGCCUGCUGCCUCUGGCGUGGAACACGGAGAACGGAGGGAAGAUUGGGGUCCGGCUGGAGCUCUUCGGAUGCCAUUAUGAUUCCUACGUGCUGCAGUACAACGGUGACGACUCGGUGAUCUACACCUACCCCGGGAAAAGGUCUCGUACGCUCCACGACCACAUCGCCAUGAACUUCAAGACUCUGGAGCAGGACGGACUGCUGCUCCACAGCGAGGGGGUCCAGGGAGACCUUUUCACCCUGGAGCUGAAGAGAGGACGUCUCUACCUCCAUAUCAGCCUCGGGAGUAGCGUUAUACACAAAACAGAUGGCCGGACUACUUUGGUGGCCGGAAGCCUUCUGGAUAACCUCCACUGGCAUUACGUCACCAUCAGGCGCUCGGGUCGACAGGUGAACCUGACCGUGGACAGCCAGACGGUGACGGCCCACUGCAACGGAGAGUUUAGCCACUUGGAUCUGGACAACAAGUUGUACGUUGGUGGAGUGAUAGAACCAAACAUGCCUCACCUGCCCACCACCCCAAACUUCCGGGGCUGCCUGGAGAACGUCUUCAUCAAUGACAUCAAUAUCAUCUAUAAGGCGGAGAGUGAAGAAGAGGACAUCAUAAUACCAAAAAAGAAAAAUUUGCACUUUGCUUGCCGCGACAUCCUCCUCAAGCCGAUGACCUUCGCCGGACCCAACAACUACCUGCAAGUGCCAGGCUUCUUCAGGAAGCCGCGGAUGUUUGUCAAGUUUAAGUUCCGCUCGUGGGACUACACGGGGCUGCUCAUGUUCACACGCUUCGCCGACGACCUGGGCGCCCUGGAGCUGGGUUUAAGCGAGGGCCAGAUCAACGUAACCAUCUUUCAGCCCGGCAAGAAGAAACUGCAGUUUGCCGCAGGCUACAGGCUCAACGACGGUUACUGGCAUUCGGUGGACUUGGCAGCCAGAGAUAACCUUCUCACCCUCACGAUCGACGAGGAAGAGGGUUCCCCGCUGAAGAUCACCAACCCCUUCACCAUACGCACCGGGGACCGCUACUUCUUUGGAGGAUGCCCGAAAACUAACAACACGGUACAGAAGUGCGAGACCAAGCUGAACCGCUUCCACGGCUGCAUGCAGCACAUCUUCAUAGACAACGAGCAGCUGGACAUCGACAUUGUCCUGCAGCGACAGUGGGGGCGCUACGCCGAACUGCUGUUAGGAACGUGUGGCAUCACUGACAGAUGUAAUCCCAAUCCCUGUGAGCACGAAGGCCGAUGCAUCCAGUCCUGGGAUGACUUCAUCUGUGUUUGUGAAAACACGGGCUAUAAAGGAGAAGUGUGUCAUAUGUCUGUUUAUAAAGAGUCAUGUGAGGCCUACAGGCUCAGCGGAAAGUACUGGUCCGGUAACUACACCAUCGAUCCAGAUCUGAGUGGACCGCUGAAGCCAUUCGAGGUGUACUGUAAAAUGAAGUCCUACAAAGCUUGGACCGUGAUUCUGCACGACCGCGUGCAUGGUACUAAGGUGUCGGGGAGUUCAAUAGACAAGCCGUACAUCGGCAAUGUCAACUACUGGAAUGCCUCCUGGGAUGAAGUCACAGCCCUGGCCAACACUUCCAUGUACUGCGAGCAGUGGGUAGACUACUCCUGCUACAAGUCCCGCUUCCUCAACACGCCCGACGGAAGACCUUUUGGAUACUGGAUUGGCCGGAACAACGAGAGUCACUAUUACUGGGGUGGAACAUUCAGAGAAGUCCAAAAGUGCGGUUGUGCAAUAAACCAAACCUGCGUUGACCCGAAGUAUCAAUGCAACUGUGAUGCAGACUACAGACAAUGGUAUUCCGAUAAAGGAUACUUGGACUUCAGGGACCACCUUCCUGUCAGGAGAGUGGUGAUUGGUGACACAAACAGGACUGGCUCAGAAGCACAGUUCACCGUAGGACCUUUACGCUGCCAUGGCGACAGAAACAUUUGGAACACUAUAUCCUUCACCAAACCCGCCAACAUCACCUUCCCAACCUUCAGACCGGGUUCCAGCGCAGACAUCUCGUUUCACUUCAAAACGUAUCGAUACGAUUCGGUCUUCUUGGAAAACUCUGAUGACCACCUUCGGAACUUUAUCCGGAUAGAGCUCAACACCACUCAUAACCUUGUAUUCAUAUUCAUGGUGGGGGAUGGCAUCCAGAACGUAACCCUACGCUCCCCCGUACCACUCAAUGAUAACGAGUGGCAUUUCGUCCAGGCUGAGCUCAAUGUGAAGUUGGCUCGGAUUAAAGUCGACUACCAACCUUGGACUGUCAGGCGUUUCCCCAGUCAGACUUUUGUCACCAUGGAGUUCACCAAUCCUCUUGUAGUAGGUUCCCGCAACUUCACCCAGAAACCCUUCUUGGGCUGUCUCCGAGGGCUACGAAUGAAUGGCGUUCCUCUGGAUUUGGAAGGGAAGGUCGAUGAGGAAAGAGGUAUCAGGAGGAACUGUACUGGGCAGUGUCUCAAUGCGACCAUACCGUGUCGCCACAGUGGACAGUGUAUUGAGGGCUACGCCUCCUACUCGUGUGACUGCAACAAUACCGCAUUUGAUGGGUUCUACUGCCAUAAAGACAUCGGAGCCUAUUUUGAGGUUGGGUCCUGGCUGAGGUACAACGUGAGGAAGAAGCCAAUAUCCGACGAAGCGGCGUGGGCCAACUGGAUCGACCCACAUUACGACAAUUUCAGUUUGGGCUACAACGACACGGCGGACGACAUUGAGUUUAGUUUCAGCACCGUGUACACACCGGCCGUGUUGCUCUACAUCAGCUCCUUUGUCCAUGACUACAUCGCUGUGGUCCUCAAGACCGAUGGCAGCGUGGAUCUGAGAUACAAACUGGGACUCAUUACCCACAAGUACGAGCUGACUCGGAGAAACCUGGCAGAUGGGUACCCGCAUUACAUUAAUAUAACCAGACACAACCGGACCAUCAAAACACAGGUGGACUACAUGGAGCCCAUUGUGGAGAAGAUCACUUUAGUCGAAGAUGCAAGAUUUGACUCUCCUAAGUCCAUGUUCUUAGGCAGAGUGAUGGAGGUUGGAGACAUCGACUACGAGAUCCAGAGGCACAACGCCCCGGGCUUCAUCGGCUGCAUAUCAGGUGUGAGAUACAAUGUCUAUGCUCCCCUAAAGGCUUUCUUCCGGCCCAAUGAAACGGACCCUCCGGUAACGACACAAGGCUACGUCUCCGAGUCGAUCUGUGGCGCCUUCCCGCCUGUCCUUGGUUACGUGCCGUGGGAAGUAGAUCCUUGGUUUACGAGCAUAGAGUAUAUAUACAUCCAUGACGACCUUGGCCUGUUCUGGAUAAUAGUCAUCGCCAUCCUGGCGCUGCUGCUGCUGCUGGCGGGCUUGUACGCCAUCUACGUGUACGCCUACCAACAGAAGGGCAGCUACCGCACCAACGAGCCCAAAAACCUGGAGUCCCCCAGCAGCUCCCGACCCCUGACGGACACCCUGAGGCGGGAUAAGAAGGGUCUGGGUGGUAUUGAAGAGUAGCUUGAAGGGGACCAAUGGGACACUGACUUUGGGAGGGACUUAAGAGUAUGUUACCUUCUUAUGAUUAUAUGCUUAUUGCUAGUGGGUUUGACUCAGUGGGCAGCCUCAAACAAUCUGAAAGUCGGAAUGUUUAGCAUUUACACGUCAAAAAAGUGCGGUAGUUAAAGGGAUGAAUAACGCUACACUAGUCUGUGGGACCACCACGAACCCAAAACCGGUGUAAUAAACAUGCUGCAUCUAUUCAAACUGGUGUUCCUUACGGUCAAUAUUAUUGUGUCAGUUGUCAUAUAAAAGGUGGGGAACCCGCAUUAUA